AUGCCUUUAGUGAUUCUUAGUGGAUUGCCUUCUAGCGGUAAAACCAGGAGGGCGCAGGAGCUUAAACAAUUUUUUGAAACUCGUUUUGCUCAGCUUCGGGAUCAAAGUUCAGGUGAAGGAGGCUCAACUUUAAGCAAUGAUUUAACAUCCUCAACAAGGACAAAGGAAUAUCGCAUUCAUGUUGUCAAUGACGAAUCGCUGAAUUUAAAUAAACAUGUCUCAUACAACACCGCUGCAGACGAAAAGAAGGCUCGUGGAGCUCUUAUGUCAGCUGUGGAGAGACUUUUAUCCAAGGACGACAUCGUCAUUGUUGACAGCUUAAAUUAUAUCAAGGGUUUCCGCUACCAACUAUACUGUGUCGCCCGAGCGAUUGGAACCCCCCAUUGUGUGAUCUUUUGUGGAUGUCUUCCAGACGUAGCAAGGCAAUGGAACGCUGCUUCGGGAGCAUACACAGAAAAGACAUUUGAAGAGUUAGUUAUGCGUUUUGAGGAGCCAGACUCGCGAACGAAAUGGGACUCGCCAUUAUUUGUUGUUGUACCUGAAGAUAAAUUACCAGAGGAAGAAAUUUGGGAUGCAGUGAUCUUGAGGAAAGCCAAGCCGCCAAAUUUGUCAACUGUGGUGAAAGUAGUGCAAGAAACAAAUUAUUUGUACGAACUUGACCAGACAACACAGAAUAUCAUUCAGGCUAUCUUAGAUGCUCAAAAAUCAGGAGAUCCCACUAAGCAGAUCAAAGCUCCUCUGUCGAAUAUCCCAGUUCAAUUACCCCCAACACGAGUCGUUACUCUCAGCGAGCUUCGUAGACUACGGCGACAAUUCACAGCGAUCAAUAGGAUGCGCACAUUGUUAGACAUGAAUAGAGUUGCAGAGGGCUUUGUCGAAUAUCUGAAUCAAAAUCUGAAUAACUAA